UGAAAAAGAGGAGAAGAAGAACUGUGGGAUCGCAAUGGCUGCUCUCUUGUCUGUAAACAUAUGCGUUGUGUUGACAAAAGUCGCAGUUUAGCUCGUUUCCAGUGACUGCUGUAGAUACUCCUUUGUCUGGAGAAAUUACCGGUCCUUCGGCUGAACUGAAAUCUUUAACUUGGGGUGAGAGUUUCUGCCUUUUAGACACAUAGAAACACGCGGCAUAUUCCCGCAGUUUGCCGCCCGGCCUUGUCGGGACGGGACCUGAUAGCUCGCAGGCUCGCUGAUGCUAGCAGCUCUUUGUCAGAUAAUGGAUGACGAUGUGUCCAUGCAUAGGCUAGAAGGGACAGAUCCAGCGGAUCAAAUUGGUGGACUGAUAGUAAAGAAGAAGAGUGCUGCUGAGGAGCCCCACGUUUUUCGAGCGCCUACGCCUCGCACCUCGCUGCUGGGUUUGGAUCUGCUCGCAGCCCAGAAGAGGAAGGAGCGGGAGAGUAAGGAGCAGGCGGAGGCCGAUGACAGCAGUAGAAAGAAGUCAAAGGUUUCCUCCUACAAGGACUGGGAGGAAGGUAAAAGUGACUCUGGGUCUGAUGAAGAAGAAGACGAUGAUACGGCUACGGAUGCUAAGAAGGAGAGCAGGAAGUACCGUGUGACUGGCUCCGAGACACCCUCGAGUCCUGGAGGGGUCAGCGAAGAGUUCCGACACCGACACCAGCAGAGAGAGAAAGACCGCCGUGAGCACGGACUCUACACCUCCUCCAAAGAGGACAACACCAGAGAAAAAGACAGGGAGAAGAGCAGAGACAAGGGCAGAGACCGAAGGAGCGAAAGAGAUGAGCGAGAUGGCAGUCGUGGCAGCAGCAGCAGCAGCAGCAGCCGGUCGGAGCGCGGUGAGCGCUCACCGAGGGACGGCUUCUCCGAUCGCAUCAGCAGGGGGACUAAGAGAGAAGAACCCUCGACGCCACAGCAACGCCCCCGAGAUUCUUUCACGCCCUCGCGCUCCAACUGGGAGGAGGACGACAGCGGUUAUUCCAGUUCACGGCAUUCCCAGUGGGAAUCUCCGUCCCCUGCCCUGUCCCACAAAGAGCUAGAUCGCUCAGAACGAAGCCAUCGCUCCGGCCGAGAGAGCGAGAGGAGAGACCGGUCCGUCCGAGGCCGUUACCCUGACGACACACCACUGCCGACCCCAUCAUACAAGUACAACGAGUGGGCCAAUGACAGAAAGCAUUUGGGUUCUACACCGCGUUUAUCACAAGGAAAAGGUAGAAAAGAAGAUGGCGGGGGAGGACUUGCGUUUGAUAACGAGGAUGAGAAAGACCAGUGGGAGGAGGACCAGAAGCAAGCUGACAGAGAUUGGUACAUGAUGGAUGAAGGCUAUGAUGAGUUCCACAACCCUUUCACGACCACCUCUGAAGAAUAUGUGAAGAAGAGGGAGCAGAUCCUCCAGAAGCAGACGCAAAAAAGAAUAUCUGCCCAUAAGCGGCAGAUCAAUGAGGAUAAUGAGCGGUGGGAGACCAACCGGAUGCUGACCAGUGGUGUGGUGCAGAGGUUGGAGGUGGAUGAAGACUUUGAGGAGGACAAUGCUGCAAAAGUUCAUUUGCAGAUUCACAACCUGGUUCCUCCCUUUCUGGAUGGAAGAAUAGUCUUUACUAAGCAGCCGGAGCCUGUCAUCCCUGUGAAAGAUGCCACCUCUGACAUGGCCAUCAUUGCUCGUAAAGGCAGCCAGCUUGUCCGUAAACAUCGUGAGCAGAAAGAACGCAAAAAGGCACAGCACAAGCACUGGGAAUUGGCAGGCACCAAGUUAGGAGACAUCAUGGGCAUCAAAAAGACUGAAGAGGAAGAUUCUUCUGGGGGCAAACCGGUGGGAGAGGACGGCAAAGUAGACUACAGAGCAGAGCAGAAAUUUGCAGACCAUAUGAAAGAAAAGAGUGAGGCCAGUAGUGACUUUGCAAAGAAGAAAACCCUCCUGGAACAGAGACAGUACCUGCCUAUAUUUGCUGUCAGACAGCAACUUCUCAACAUUAUAAGAGACAACAGCAUUGUGAUUGUUGUGGGGGAAACGGGCAGUGGGAAGACCACACAGCUCACUCAGUACCUGCAUGAGGACGGCUACACCAGCUACGGCAUGGUGGGUUGUACUCAACCCCGGAGAGUGGCUGCAAUGAGCGUGGCCAAGAGAGUCAGCGAGGAGAUCGGCACUAACCUCGGAGAGGAGGUGGGCUAUGCGAUCCGUUUUGAGGACUGCACAUCCGAGAAAACCCUGAUAAAGUACAUGACGGACGGUAUCCUGCUCAGGGAGUCGUUGAGGGAGUCUGACCUGGACCACUACAGUGCCGUUAUCAUGGAUGAGGCUCAUGAACGCUCCCUGAAUACUGACGUGCUGUUCGGCCUGCUGCGUGAGGUGGUAGCUCGGCGUACUGAUCUGAAACUCAUAGUUACCUCUGCAACUAUGGACUCGGAUAAGUUUGCUGCAUUUUUUGGCAACGUACCGAUUUUCCACAUCCCAGGAAGAACAUUUCCCGUCGACAUCUUGUUCAGCAAGACUCCUCAGGAGGACUACGUGGAGGCAGCAGUGAAGCAGGCCCUGCAGAUCCACCUCAGUGGGUUGAUCGGAGAUAUCCUCAUCUUCAUGCCUGGGCAGGAGGAUAUUGAGGUGACGUCGGAUCAGAUCGUGGAGCGGCUGGAGGACUUGGAUAACGCUCCUGCUCUGGCCGUGCUGCCCAUCUACUCCCAGCUGCCUUCGGAUCUCCAGGCCAAGAUCUUCCAGAAGGCCCCAGAUGGUGUGAGGAAAUGCAUUGUCGCCACAAACAUCGCUGAGACCUCCCUGACUGUGGAUGGAAUCAUGUUUGUCGUGGACGCGGGAUACUGCAAACUUAAGGUUUUCAACCCUCGCAUUGGAAUGGAUGCUCUACAGGUUUAUCCCAUCAGCCAGGCUAAUGCCAACCAGCGUUCUGGCCGAGCAGGACGUACAGGGCCUGGACAAUGUUACAGGCUCUACACCCAGAGCGCCUAUAAGAAUGAGAUGCUGACUACCACCAUACCGGAGAUCCAGAGGACCAACCUGGCCAACGUGGUCCUGCUCUUGAAGUCUUUAGGUGUUCAGGAUUUGCUUCUAUUCCACUUCAUGGAUCCCCCACCCGAAGACAACAUGCUGAACUCCAUGUACCAGCUGUGGAUUUUGGGAGCUCUGGACAACACAGGUGCAUUGACACCGACGGGGCGUCUGAUGGUGGAGUUUCCCCUCGACCCCGCCCUUUCCAAAAUGCUGAUUGUGUCCUGCGACAUGAGCUGCAGUGCGGACAUCCUCAUCAUCGUCUCCAUGCUCUCUGUGCCGGCCAUCUUCUACAGACCCAAGGGCCGUGAGGAGGAGAGUGACCAGGUGAGGGAGAAGUUCUCCGUCCCAGAGAGCGACCACCUCACCUACCUCAACGUCUACAUGCAGUGGAAGAACAACAAUUACUCCAGCAUCUGGUGCAACGACCACUUCAUCCACACGAAGGCCAUGCGCAAGGUGCGUGAGGUGCGCUCCCAGUUAAAGGACAUCAUGGUGCAGCAGAGGAUGAACUUAAUUUCCUGCGGGUCCGACUGGGACAUCAUCAGAAAGUGCAUCUGUGCUGCAUACUUCCACCAGGCUGCCAAGCUCAAGGGAAUCGGUGAAUAUGUGAACGUGAGGACGGGCAUGCCGUGUCACCUCCACCCUACCAGCUCCCUGUUUGGUAUGGGCUACACCCCCGACUACAUCAUCUACCACGAGCUCGUCAUGACCACCAAGGAGUACAUGCAAUGUGUGACUUCAGUGGAUGGAGAGUGGCUAGCAGAACUUGGACCAAUGUUUUACAGCAUCAAACAUGCAGGAAAAAGCCGACAGGAGAACCGCCGGCGGGCCAAGGAGGAGCUCACCAACAUGGAGGAGGAGAUGUCCAUGGCUGAGGAGCAGCUGCGAUCACGUCGAGACGAGCAGGAGAAGAAGACCAACACCGCCAUCGUUAAGGCUCCGAAAAUCUGCACACCAGGGAGAAAAGAAGAGGCCCCCAUGACGCCCAGACGCACGCCCGCCCGCUUUGGACUGUAGCGACAACCUCCCAAAAAAGCCCAUCAACCCCCCCCCUCCCACCGCCCACCCUCCUCCUCGGUUCCCCCAGAGUAAUUGUCACCCUGAAUCGGACCACGGCAGCACAAGCAAACAGUGUAAUUACAACCGCCAUUUGUCCCUCCCAGCAUGGCCAGAAUCAAGUGCAGUUCAUGUACCGACCACUAGAGUGAGAACUUGUAUAAGGCACAAGACGAGCCGAACCGUCGGAAAAGGCCUCCCUUCACAUCUGUCAGCAGGUAGCUGUUUCCGUGAUGCAUAGUAAGGGAUAAAGGAUUGAUUUUUUGUUUUGUAUAUUUAGUAUUUAUAUGUGGUCAUUACUGAAGUGUUUUUAAAGACGUCUCUAUAAAGUAAUGUUUUUACCUGAGCUAGAAACAUUUAACUUUUCUACGUUCUGUUCUGCAUUUCUUCAAUCCCGGUUAGAUCACCAGGGAGGAACUGGUAAAUUGUGAUCUAAUCUGUGUAGUCUUUGUGUCCAUGCAUUUAUUAGUUAUUGUGCUGUGGCUUGAACCGCAGAUGUGCUGCCAUGAAGUGCUCCGCUGCAGACUGAAGCACUAUUCAAACUGUCCUUGAGUGUCUUCGGACUCUAGAGAUGUAUUGUAAUGACCCCCCCCCCACC